GCCGCGUUGCUGUAGCAACCGAGGCGGGCUCCGCGGGAGGAUUCUCGGGCUGCUCCGGGGCGGGCCUGGGAUUCCGCUUUCUCCGCGUCCUUGGUGCCUGGGAAAUCCCGGGCAUCUUGCAAAAUGAGCCCCUUGUGACGUAGAGUGGAGCCGAGGGGUCAGGGCCGGGUGGAGACCGGGUCCCCGCGUACCCCGGCAUGCGGGCGGGAUGGGUCUGUGCGAGUCCACGCUGCCCCAGAUGGGCAGAGCUUUGAGGCCCCAGGAGAAGGAUGUCCUGAAGUCCCCCCUGAUCAUCUUCGUGGUGGGCGGCCCUGGCUGUGGGAAAGGGACCCAAUGCAGAAACAUGGCCAGCAAGUACGGCUUCUGCCACGUGGGGCUGGGCCAGCUGCUGCGGGAGGAGGCUCAGAGGAGGACCCAGCGGGGCCGACAGAUCCGGGACAUCAUGCAGCAGGGACGCCUAGUGCCCACGGGUCUCAUUCUGGACAUGAUCAGUGACAACCUGCUGUCCCGUCCGGAGAGCCGCGGCUUCCUCAUCGAUGGCUUCCCCAGAGAGCUGGAACAGGCCAAAGAGUUUGAGCGGAUUGUGGGCAGGGCCCCCAACAUCGUCAUGGGGUUUGACUGCUCCAUGGAAACAAUGGUGCGGAGAGUUCUGCGCCGUGGACAGGUGGAGCGCCGGGCGGACGAUUCGGAGCCGGCCAUCCGCAAGCGUCUGGAGACACACUACACCCUGUGUGAGCCUGUCCUGACCUUCUACCAGCAAAAGAACCUUCUGCGAAACAUCUUGGCUGAAGAAGCCCCCGAGAGCAUUUUUGCCAAGUGCUGCUCAGUCAUUGACAGUCUGCAGUGAGGGGCCGAUGUCCGGCCUACCCCAUUCCCCACAGCACACAGGACCCAGGCCUGUGAGUUUAUCUCAUCUUCAACAGAUGACAACGUACCAGGCCAGUCCUGGGGUUGGGAUGGGUAUAGGGUGGAGCCAGGGAAGAGCAGGGGGGAGAGAGAGAAAGGGGAAAGAGGGGGAGAGAGAGAGAUGGGCAGGGCAGGAGGGGCCUGCGACACCCACACCUGGUCCAAGGAAUGUUCCAACUCUAACUAAAAAAACGAAAAAGAGAGAUAGCAAGAGUGACUUUCUUUCCUUUUAAAAAGUUUAUUUAAAAACAAGAAUAGGGCCCCGGGCAGUAGGGAGGAAGUGAACCGCUUCCCUCAGAGGGUGGGCUCAGAGGCGGGGAUAGAGAUUUAUAUAUUUCUAUAUAUAUAUCACUUUAUAGGUUUGUUCUGCUCUUUGUGGUUUAAUUUUUAAACUUUUCUUUUUGGCAGAGGUUAAUUCUCGCUAUUUUCUAAGGCUGGCUCAACAUGAAGGAUCCCGAUCUUGGAAGGAAAAAGAUGUGAGACACACAGAAUGAGAGAGGGACUGCCUCAGCAUGAGGGGACCCCCUACACCCCAGGCGGCCAUUGCUCUCUCACCAAACCAAUCAAAUACAGAAACCAAUAAAAGAAGCCCCCAAAUGGAACAAAAAUGGAGGGAAAAAUAUGUUCACAGAUGAAGUUCAUAUCCAUUUGCUUCAAUUGCCUGCGGAGAGGGAGAGACAGGGACAGUCAUGGCAGGGGGGCGGCUGGGCUGUAAGAGGCUGCGACUCAGGCAGCGGGCCAGGAGGCCGGGCCCAAGCCUGCACAGGCCAGGCAGGGGCUGUGACUGUCUGUCUUGGGGACUCCGCUGAAGUCAGACUGCUCCUUGGUGGAGAAGCAGGAAGAAGAGGAAGAGGAGAAGGGGGAGGGGUCUGCAGCAGAAGAAGCCAGAGGCAUGGAAGGGGCGCACAAGGAAGAAGUGCCAGGGUGGGGAGAGGGGCAGAGGAGGGAGGCGGCGGGCGGCUGGGCGUCACAACAUUCAGAUCACGGUGUCCCCACAACACCCCUGUGAGGUAGGUUGGAAGGUGGCAACGAUCGUCAUGCCCACUUCACAGACAAGACCAGGACACAGAGGCAAGUGCACAAGAGGUGGCCUCGCCAGGCAGGGAGGGCCCAGUCCCCUCAGUGGGCUCCCCUCCAUCCCAGCAGAGCCAGGGCCGCCUGCAACACGCAGUUACUUGGACAUGGGGGAUAAAGAUGGAGGUUUUAAA